AUGGAUUAUGCGUGCCGUUUGUCAAUGAUGAGCAUAAGUUCAUUAUGUAUUGAUCAAGCAAUAUGCAUAUGUCCAGUGAAUAGAAUCGGUCCAUAUUGUCUUGUACCAUUCGAUCCAUGUCGUCAUCAUUAUUGUUUGAAUAAUGCUACAUGCCAACCGAUCGAUGAACGUUAUACAAACACACAUGAAUCAUAUGAAAAGCCAGACCACUUUUACUGUCAAUGUACAGAUGAGUAUAUCGGGAAACACUGUUGGGACAUGAAAGCUCAGCUUCAUAUUCAUUUCGAUAACGAUAUUGAUGUCCAAAGAUCUGAUAUUUCGAUACAUACUAUAGAAUCAUAUGCAGAUACGCAACCACAACAAUCAGUUUAUUUUCAACGUAUGUAUAUCUAUGAAAGGCAGCUAAAAUUUUAUUAUGAAAAAGGAAAGCAUUUACCACCGCUUAUUUUUGCUCAGUUGUAUGAUGAUCAACAAAAACCGAACUAUUAUCUUCUUCGAGCAACAGUUCCAAAAUAUCAGAGACUAUUUGGUUGUGGAACGAACGCGGAUGACUAUUGUAAUAAUAAUGGUCUGUGUAUUCAAAACGAUGAAUUAUGUCCAAAGCAAACAGUCUGUUUAUGUAAUAAUUGUUUCUACGGUAGUCAGUGUCAAUAUUCGAUAGCGGGUUAUGCCGUAUCAUUAGAUUCCAUUAUCGGUUCGUAUAUUAUACCAAACACACCACUGAGACAUCAACCAUCAGUCAUUAAAUUAUCUUUGAUACUAUUAACGCUCUUACUCACUAUUGGUUUAAUAGUGAACUCAUUAUCAUUCUUAACCUUUUUUUUGAAAUCUAAAACUCGUGAUGUCGGUUGUGGCUUCUAUUUAUUAUUCUCCUCUCUCUGCGGGAUACUGACGUUAUUAUCCUUUUUGACUAAAUUUGUUUAUUUAUUAACAUUGUCAUCGAAUCGUCUUCGAUGUACACUUAUUGAAUAUUUCUUAAAAUCAUUACCAACAAUAAGCGAUUGGCUAAAUGCGUCUGUAUCAGUAGAACGUGCUACAACAAUCUUAUAUAAAACAAAAUUUAAUAAAAAAUUAAGUACAACAUGCUCAAGAUAUAUCGCUCCUCUAAUUGCAUGUUUGGUAUUGACAACACUUUUACAUGACCCAAUUUAUCGUCAAGUCACAAUUGAUACAUAUGACCAGCGCUCAUGUGAAGAUUUUAAUGAUAAAUCAUCGACGUUAUUAAGUUAUGAGAAGGCAUCAAAAAUUUGGUUUGCCUAUGUCAAUAAUGAUGAAUUAAAUUGUUAUGUAGAUAUUGGUAAAAUGCAUGAAGAAAUUGCUCACAUGCACAAUUUUGAUGAGGCCGAUCGUCUUUACCAUAAGAAAGUAUCAAUGAUACAAAGUGAUCUAGCUGUUAUAUCAGAUUGA